AGACAUUAAAGUAUAAAUUUCCCGGCUCACGCAGGAAAUUCUUUUCGAGAAUUUUUAUCAGGCAGACGAGCAGCAUGAGGGAAGUCCUCCACCUCCAGGCCGGCCAGUGCGGCAACCAAAUCGGAUCCAAGUUCUGGGAAAUCAUCAGCGACGAACAUGGCUUGGACGCGAUGGGAGUUCAUAACGGCACCGUCAAAGACAUCGCAGAAUUGCAGCUCGAAAGAAUCAACGUUUACUUUAACGAAGCUUCGUCCACGAACCAUUUCGUCCCACGCGCGAUAUUGUUCGAUCUCGAGCCUGGCACCAUGGACUCUGUUAAAGCAGGAACCUACGGUCAUCUCUUCAAGCCUGAGAACUACAUUUUUGGCCACAGCGGCGCCGGCAACAACUGGGCUAAGGGUCAUUACACGGAGGGCGCUGAACUGGUCGACGCUGUCCUCGACAUCGUCAGAAAAGAGGCCGAAAACUGCGACAUGCUCCAAGGAUUCCAACUCGCACACUCCCUUGGAGGUGGCACCGGCUCCGGUAUGGGGACUUUGCUCAUUUCUAAAAUCAGAGAAGAGUAUCCUGACAGGAUCAUGAACACUUUCUCUGUUGUACCCUCACCCAAAGUGUCGGACACUGUCGUAGAGCCUUACAAUGCAACGCUGUCUGUUCAUCAGCUUGUUGAGAACACCGAUUCUACUUUUUGCAUCGACAACGAAGCACUCUACGACAUUUGCUUCAGGACACUUAAAUUGGAAACGCCAACUUACGGUGACCUCAACCACUUGGUCUCGUUAACCAUGUCGGGAGUGACGACUUGUCUCAGGUUCCCUGGUCAACUCAAUGCAGAUCUUCGGAAGCUGGCCGUGAAUAUGGUGCCAUUCCCUCGCCUUCACUUCUUCAUGCCUGGUUUUGCUCCACUCACUGCCCGCAAUGCGACCAACUAUCGCAACCUCAACGUGCCUGAAUUAACUCAGCAAAUGUUCGACGCCAAGAACAUGAUGGCAGCUUGCGACCCACGCCAUGGACGCUAUCUCACAGUGGCUGCUAUUUUCAGAGGGCGAAUGUCCAUGAAAGACGUUGACGAACAGAUGAUCAAUAUCCAGAGCAAGAAUUCCCCUUUCUUCGUUGAAUGGAUUCCCAAUAACGUGAAGACAGCAGUUUGUGAUAUCCCUCCUAGAGGCUUGAAAAUGUCCGCCACUUUCAUCGGAAACUCGACAUCCAUCCAAGAAAUCUUCAAGCGGAUUGCCGAUCAGUUCACCGCCAUGUACAAGCGCAAGGCGUUCUUGCAUUGGUAUACUGGAGAAGGUAUGGACGAAAUGGAGUUCACUGAGGCGGAGUCCAAUAUGAACGACUUGGUCUCAGAGUAUCAGCAGUAUCAAGAAGCUGCUGUUGAGGACGAAGAGUUUGAGGAGGAUGAAGCCCAGAAGGAGACUGCUUAGAAUAGUCAAGACAUUUUGCUCAGGUUUUCUUCGGAGACGCCUUAACUAAAAAUUACUCAAAAAUAACUAAAAAUUCCAUAAACUGACUGCGCAGCUGAGUCAAAAUUCAUCGCAUAUACCUACUGAAAUGUAACCAUUUAAACACGCAUGAACUAACAUAAUGCAGCUACACCGAAACUUAAUAGUGCCAUGCUUUCAAAGCAUAAUGUUAAAUCACAAUUUGAAUUGCAAUAAAUAAACGUAACAAACUAACGUGAAAAAGUAAAAGUUAAAUAACGCA